AUGCCGCCAAAGCGGUGGGCAAAGCCGAACCAGAAGGGCGCAUAUGGCGAGAAUGCCUGUACGCCUGACGCAGUGCUGCAGUUUAUAUGCAAUGGGAUCCGCAGUGACAAUUUCCUAGGUCUCUCGGAAGCGGAGCUAACUGGAAUGGCAACUGAGUUAAUGCACGUAAAGACGCGCGCGGAGGUGGCGGAGUGGGCUAAGACGCUGAUGCUAUCCGAGGCCUUUGCCGCGGAGGUGACUAAGCGGCGAGAGCAGUCGGGGCCAGCUUUUGAGGGUGAGAUUGUUCCCAACACACCGUCCUGCUUGUCUGCGUCGACCGCGGGAGGUGAGGGUGGUACGCUGAAUGCAACGAAGCGCGUCACCGGAGCUUCGAAGCGAUCCAAACGCGGAGUUAAUGUCAAUCAUCUCCCAAAGACAAGCAGCGCCACCGAGGCACUUAGGCCAGGUCGUUUUGAGUGCGGAUGCUUUGCCACUGUCCACAACCUGCGUGGAAGCUGUGCCAACUGCGGCCGGAUCAUCUGCGAGCAGGAGGCAGAUGAGGUAUGUUACGCUUGUGGACUGGAGCCAUCCCGAUGCAUCGCGUAUGAGAUCUCGGUCCAGGAAGGCAGGCUGAGCGAGGCGGCGCAGCAGCGCAAUCAGGCGGACUACAAAACAGCUGUGGAACAACGGGACCGCUUGCUGGAGUACGCUCAGAAUCGCGCGAAGCGAACUACUGUCAUCGACGACCAGUCAGCCACGCUGUUCUCGCCGCAGAGUGCGUGGUUGUUGCCAGAGGAGCGCCGAGCAGCUGAGAAGUCUGCCGCGGAAAUUGAGCGGCAGCACAACAUCGAGCUCAUGCACCGCCAGCGCGGCACCUACCAGGUGCACAUGGAGUUUGUGUCGCAGAACCUGCCGCUGGGGGCGCGGAAAGAAAAUUCCGGAGGCAUGGACGCCGUUCCCGGUGUCGCGGAGGCUGCUGCGGAGGACGAGGAGACGGGAGGAGCGGGUGAAAUAGUCGUACCCACUGGGGCAGAGCCGCUACCGUCGUUGUUGCAUAAAAUCUGGUACAGCCCCGACGGCAGGCGAGUCGAGUCAGAGCCUAGUGGCAAGAGGGACAAGAACGGAGGCGGACGUUGCAGCAGCGUUGUAGACGUAAACUUGCCAGGGCAGGAGGGGACGUCGGUGCCUCUGACAUCACGACCAACGCAGCGCCAUUUUGACGAUGUGUCUCGACGAGUACAGCAGCACUACUUUGAAGACGACGUGGAGGUGUUUGCUGCGGAAGCAGAGGAGGCGGAGAGGGCAAAAUUGGAGCUCAUUGUUGUGCCUCAAGCGCUACUCACGGAGGAGAAGGGUUCAGCAAUGGAGUACGACACCGAAGCCACCAAUGCCUCCCUCGACCCGGAGCUCGUGAAUCGGUCUGCUGCUACGCUGUCCUCUCGCUUUGCUGUGACAACCAUUAUGCGCAAUGCAGAUGAUGGCAUUUGCUUGUCCAUGCACCAGCCGUGGGCAAGCCUGCUCGUGGCUGGUAUAAAACGACAUGAAGGUCGCGUGUGGGGGACCACGUAUCGAGGUCGUCUGUGGAUUCACGCGACCUCGUCGAAGCCUACCAACGUGGAGGAGGUAGAGGCGUAUUACUCGAAGUUUGUGGCCCCAGGUCAAGUGCUCCCAAAGCACUACCCUACCAAGGUACUCCUUGGGUACGUCUAUGUAACGGACUGCCUUGAUCGAGAGGCAUACGAGGCCGCGUUUAAGCCGGCGGAGCGCCAAGAGGAGUCACCGUACUCUUUCAUUUGUGUGGAGCCAAAGGUGCUACCUUUUCCAUUGCCCAUGAACGGCAGCCAUAAGCUGUUCACCCUUGAGCACCGCGUACACACCGCUGCACGAAAGCAGCUGGGUGAAGCGUAUUGA